CGUGAAGAAUUACGUGGGAGAAGGGGUGUGAACUGCAAAGUGAGAGAGAGAGAGGCGAUCGUGAAAGGGAAGAAGUUCAGGUCAAGAGUUGGUGCGCCACGGCAUGCAUCUCGCGAUUUUGAAUAUUUGGGAACAUGGCUUUAUUUUUAGAGUUUUUCAAAGUGCAAAGAACCCGUCCCAGAAUGAAAUGAUGCUUGGCCAAGCCAUCGUUCUAUGAGGAACCACCCAACCCAGUAAAGAACAUAAAAACAACCGGGAUCUGCGAAUUUGCAGACUGGACACACAGUCUCGCUGGCCAUUCUCCAACGGCUGAUAAAGUGGAGGCAGAACUGAGUGAGGAUUUUGUGUGGUGUUCGUGAUGAAACCUAAGGUGACGUCUUCAUCCAUUCUAUGACUCUGUGACUUGCGGGAAGGCCAGUAUUGGAUAUUUGGCAUCGCCUUCUACUGACAUGAAACAUCAAAACACAUUUUUGGCUGUUUGUUGUUGGGCAGCCAUCCUAAGGACCUUUGCAGAAAAUGAAUGUCCACCUGUUUACAGGACUUUUGUGAAUUUUUCAGUCAAUUAUGAUAUGGAGUAUUUCUUGGCAAAGAGUGAAAUACAAAAUAUUGUUGUUGAUCAAUUUGAGAAAAAACUGUAUGUGGCAUCGCGAAACUUUCUAGAAGCUGUGAAUGAUGAUCUUUUGAAGGAGUGGGAGCUACGCACUGGUCCAGCUGGCAGCUCAGAAUGCACAAUUUGUCAGUUGUGUGCCUUGGGGAAAGACACGGUGACAGAAGAGGAUACAGAUAAUCGCAUUCUAGCUUUAGACACAGACAUGUCAGUUUUAUACAGCUGUGGUAGCUCCAUGUAUGGGGUAUGCUUCUCGCAUGAUCUCGGCACUGACAUCUCCCUGCCUACUUCAUCAUGUCUUAAUCAAAAACUAUCAAAUGCCGGCGAGAGCUGUCCAGAUUGUGUGGCCAGUGCUUUGGGGACAAAAGCUACUCUUGUUGAAGAUGGUAAAUCGCUGCUCUUUUAUGUGGCCAACAGUGUAAAUAGUACCUUGACUCGGAAUUACCCUCGAGAGUCGAUAUCUGUUCAUCGUCCGCUCUCGUCGGGAGGAGGAUUUGAAGAGAAAAGCCCUGGGCUGACUGUUCUACCUCGAUUCGUUGACUCGUACCCCAUCCAAUAUGUGUACAGCUUCACAUCAGGUGACUUUGUCUACUUCUUAUCGGUGCAAAGAGAGAAACCCGACGACAAAACAUCCCCCUUCCAAACUCGGUUAGGCCGCCUUUCGAGUUCAGAGUGGGACAUGGGCUCAUACCGCGAAAUCGUCCUCGAGUGUCGCCACGAUACUAAACGGAGGAGAAGAGCUGUGGGUUCCAGCGAUGUGAUUUACAACGUCCUUCAGGCGGCUUACCUGAGCAAACUUGGUAGGGAGUUGGCCCAGGAAAUGUCCGAACAGGAAGACGUCGAUACCCUUUAUGGGGUGUUCGCCGUAAGUCAACCAGGGAGUAGUGAGCCCACAUUGAGUUCGUCCCUCUGUGCCUUUCUCAUCAAGAGCAUAGAUGUCUUCAUCGAGGAUGGAGAGAAGCAAUGCUGUGAUAAAGGGUCUGCCUCGAACCAACCGCUUCCUCGAGGACUUGAGUUUUAUCAGAAUUUCAGCUACUGUCCCAAGAAGGAGCAAGCCGGAACUCCAAAUUGUCGUCAGCAUCCAACGUUCAUUCCUGGAUCCAUUAAUCGAUUAGAUUAUUUUAAUGGGAAAAUGACGAAUGUCUUGUUUACGUCGAUCCUUGUCACGGUAAUUGAAGGAAAGACGGUGGCUCAUAUUGGGACGUCAAAUGGGAGACUUUUUCAGGCAGUUCUCCAAAGAUCGACACAAGUUUACCCCUUUGCUAACUACACUCUGGAUGAGAAGUAUCCGGUUUCACCAUAUGCAGCUGAACUGAAUGCCGACUUCCUGCUGUUUGUAACUGGUAAUAAGAUAACAAAGGUACCAGAAAGAGGACCCGGUUGUCGUCACUUCUUGACAUGCCCGAAGUGUGUUACUGCACCUUCUUUCAUGAACUGUGGUUGGUGUGGUAACGCCUGUACUUGGCGUGAAAGCUGUUUAACGGAAUGGAGGAACUCCUCUUGUGCACCUGUUAUUAAGGCGUUCAUCCCCAAGUCCGCCCCGCCCGUUGGUAACACCAAGCUGACCUUAUGUGGGCGCCAUUUCCAAGCAUUUCCAGCCAUCACCCCUACUUCCAGCUCACACUUGGUAAAGGUGGGGAAGCAGACCUGCGUGGUGCAGCCUUUGAGUGUCAACUAUACUCAACUUGUUUGCACUCUGCAGAAUACUGGAAAUAAUGAGCUUUCGACGCCUUAUGAAAUUGUGUUGACAGUUAAUGAAGCAAAGGGGAACAGACUGUUUAACAUCCAGGGGGAGAGCAGGAUUGACGGAUUCAUGUUUGUGAUGCCAAAUGUGAGCUCAGUCUCUCCCUAUUUUGGUCCCAUGAAUGGAGGAACCACUAUAACUUUGACUGGAACUCAUCUGGAUGCGGGAUCCUCAAAGAAAGUUAAGAUCGACGGUGAAGAAUGUAAAAUUGUAAGUGUUUCUCCCGAGGACUCUUCCAUAGUGUUCAUAUCCCCACCAAGGGACAGCAUCGGAAGCGUAUCUCCAGAAGUUGAAAUCGAUACCUUUAAGGUGCCUGUGAGCUCAUCUUUCCAGUACAGGGAAAAUCCCGUCAUCACCGACAUCUUCCCUAACUGCAGUUUUAACCGGGGAUCCAAUAUCACAAUUAUAGGCAAGAACCUCGACUCAGUUUAUCGCACCAAUGUUAUAUUUGAAACCCAAGGAAAAAAAUAUCCGCCUCAGGUUUGUGAAUCUGCUGAAAGUUCAGAGAAGAUGGUAUGCAUGACCCCCCGCUUGGACAAGAACAGCAAUUCUCUGGAGGGAACUCUCUUGUUUGAGAUGGAUGGGACUCAAGGUCUAAAGACGUUUAUGUUUCGUUAUCUCCCGACUCCUAAAGUUUACCCAUUUGAAAGCGAAGGGGGCAUUAAGAAUUUGGACUUUAACGAGAAUGAGGUGGAGAUACAUCACGAGGGACUGCAUUUAGCAAGUGCCUGCAUGACCAUCACAAUGACGAUUGGAGACGUGGACUGCAACGCCAAGGUUUUAAGCAAUGAAGUGACCUGCAGGAUACCCAAAGACCUCGAUGUGCCAAGGGAUGGCUUACCUGUGAAGAUCUAUAUCAAUGGAGAAGAAACCGACUUGGGCAGAGUGUUCAUUCAGAAGAAUAUCCAUCCAGCGGUUUACAUUUGCAUCGCGAUGGUGAUCCUGCUUGUGUUAGCGCUACUGAUCGCUUUGUGGUGGUACAAAAGGAAGAACAAAGUUGACCUGGCCAAGCAGCGCUUGAGUCAACUCCAUGAAGUCAAUGCAAACCAGCCCACACCUAACCUGGUUAUGAUGCCCAUUGGGGACUACAGGCUCGAGGUUCCACGUACUCCGAACACAGGCUCAAGCAGUGCGUUUUUCUCAAGCACAAAUGACUUCAGAAGUCGUGAUGGAUCGCUAGUACCUCUUAUCCCAAAAGAAUAUAUCUCCAUCAAUAGCUUCCAGCCAGAGCUUCUGGAAGAGGUGAAGGAUGUACUGAUUUCAGCCGAAAAGCUCAAGGUGAAUGAGGAUCAGAUCAUUGGCAAAGGCCACUUUGGAAUAGUUUACCACGGAUCUUACACUGACUCCAACGGAAAGGAAAUUCAUUGUGCUGUGAAGUCAUUAAACAGGAUCACGGAUGUGGAGGAGGCCGAGCAGUUCCUCAGGGAAGGCAUUAUCAUGAAAGAAUUCCAUCACGUCAAUGUCCUCUCUUUGUUGGGAGUGUGUCUGCCGAAUGAAGGGCUCCCCCUGGUGGUUCUUCCUUACAUGAAGCAUGGAGAUUUACGCCACUUCAUCCGAUCAGAUAAAAGGAAUCCUACGGUAAAAGACUUAAUUGGCUUUGGGCUGCAAGUUGCCAGAGGAAUGGAGUACUUGGCACAAAAGAAGUUUGUACACAGAGACCUCGCUGCAAGAAACUGCAUGUUGGAUGAGUCCUACACCGUCAAGGUGGCCGAUUUUGGGAUGGCCAGGGAUGUAUUUGAUAAAGAGUAUUACAGCAUCCAGAAUCACCGAAAGGUCAAGUUACCAGUUAAGUGGAUGGCACUCGAAAGUCUACAGACACAGAAAUUUACAACAAAGUCAGACGUGUGGUCAUAUGGUGUGCUGCUUUGGGAACUCCUUACAAGGGGAACGAGUCCCUACCCUGAAGUUGAUCCCUACGAUAUCACCCGCUACCUCUUAAAAGGCAGAAGGCUACCCCAGCCACAGUACUGUCCUGAUCCUCUGUUCACCACAAUGCUACAAUGCUGGAAUCCUAUUCCUGAGCGGAGGCCGACGUUUGCUGAGCUCAUAGAUGAGGUGCAGCAGAUCAUGUUCAGCUUAGAUGGCGAGCACUACAUCAACCUCCGAGUGACCUACGUCAACCUGGAUCAGCCGCUGCCGUACCCCGCUGUGGAGGAGUCUGCAGACGAGCUGGAUUCGGACUCUUCUUCCUUGUAGAUUUCAGGAAUCAUUCAAUGUUUGCCUAAUACGAGGGGGCAAAAGGCACAAUUUAAUUUCCCCUGUUUUUUGGGGGAGUCGAUUUUGUGGCAAAAUGCAACAUAUAGAUGUUAUUUGCCAAACAAAUGACUACUCAUAAAAACUAGGACAUUUUGAUAAAAAAAUGGCUGUUCACAAAGCACUCCAAGGAAAGUUCACAUAAGGUUUAAGCAGUUUCGGUUGGGGUUUAUCAUCAGCAAGACAAGCAUUCCGGCACAUGAAAUUAGGAGCAAGAUCUGACUUGCAGUGCACACUCCCUGACAAAACAAAUCUGUUCGUUUUUAAUGGAGGUGAGGUUGCCAUGUUCCUCUAUCUGGCCUGUGAGUCAUAGGAAGAAUUGAAUCGUAUGACACUCUUUAUGUACCACAUAGUAUAAUAUCCUAGGCCCCACACACACACACACACACACACGUCUCAUGUCCUGUUAUCACAUGUCUUCUUUCUCCUAAUAAACUUGAUGAUUUUAAAUAAAAUAUACAUAGGAUUGGAUUAGUGUGCCUUACUGUGGCCCUUUACUUCUAGGCAUUGCCGAGAAGUGGUGAUGUUCAUUCUAGUCUCUAACUUAUUGUUUAAUUUACAUUUUUUCUGUUUAACAUCAUCAUUAAUUACGUAGUAUUCCUUGUUGACUAUACAAGGUUAGUUAGAUGGCACAUUACAAACAUUUUUAGUAAUAAAAUGCACUGCAUUUGUCAUUCCAACCGCAGGUGUGUCACAAACAU